GCUAGGCGGCUGCGCCGAGGGAGCGACGGGGCGGCGGCGGUGCGGGUGAGGUGCGAGGCGAAGCGCGCAGCGUGCAACUCUGGAGGAGCGGAUGUUAAGUCAGAGUACAGCAGAAAAUGUCCACCGAACGAACUUCCUGGACAAACCUGUCCACUAUUCAGAAAAUAGCCCUGGGCCUGGGAAUUCCAGCAAGUGCAACAGUUGCCUACAUCCUCUAUCGUCGAUAUAGGGAAAGUAGAGAAGAGAGAUUGACAUUUGUUGGAGAAGAUGACAUUGAAAUAGAGAUGCGAGUUCCCCAAGAAGCUGUGAAGCUCAUCAUUGGUCGACAAGGAGCCAAUAUUAAACAGCUGCGGAAGCAGACAGGUGCUCGGAUUGAUGUGGACACGGAGGAUGUAGGCGAUGAGCGGGUGCUGCUGAUCAGUGGUUUUCCUGUUCAGGUGUGCAAGGCCAAAGCAGCAAUCCAUCAAAUCCUGACAGAGAACACCCCAGUGUUUGAGCAACUCUCUGUCCCCCAGAGAUCUGUGGGCAGAAUCAUAGGGAGAGGCGGUGAGACCAUUCGUUCUAUCUGUAAGGCUUCUGGAGCCAAAAUCACUUGCGACAAGGAAUCAGAGGGAACAUUACUACUCUCACGACUUAUAAAAAUCUCAGGAACACAGAAGGAAGUGGCUGCAGCCAAGCAUCUGAUACUGGAGAAAGUUUCAGAAGAUGAGGAACUUCGGAAGAGAAUUGCCCAUUCUGCAGAAACCAGAGUCCCCCGAAAGCAGCCAAUCAGCGUGAGAAGAGAGGAAGUGACAGAGCCUGGUGGAGCUGGAGAAGCAGCUUUAUGGAAAAAUACAAAUUCUAGCAUGGGACCAGCUGCACCCCUGGAAGUUCCUCUCCGCAAAGGAGGUGGUGAUAUGGUUGUUGUAGGACCAAAAGAAGGUUCCUGGGAGAAACCUAAUGAUGACAGCUUUCAGAAUUCUGGUGCCCAGAGCAGUCCAGAGACGUCUAUGUUUGAAAUUCCCAGUCCUGACUUCAGUUUCCAUGCUGAUGAGUACCUAGAAGUCUACGUUUCUGCUUCUGAACACCCUAACCACUUCUGGAUCCAGAUCAUUGGUUCCCGCAGCCUACAGUUGGAUAAACUUGUCAGUGAGAUGACCCAGCACUAUGAGAAUAGUCUGCCUGAAGACCUGACUGUGCAUGUAGGAGACAUUGUAGCAGCACCCUUAUCUACAAAUGGUUCCUGGUAUCGAGCCCGGGUUCUGGGAACCUUGGAAAAUGGAAACUUGGACCUCUACUUUGUUGACUUUGGAGAUAAUGGAGAUUGCCCACUAAAGGAUCUCAGGGCUCUCAGGAGUGACUUUCUAAGCCUCCCAUUUCAAGCAAUAGAAUGCAGUCUGGCACGGAUUGCCCCCUCAGGUGAAGAGUGGGAAGAGGAAGCUCUAGAUGAGUUUGACAGACUCACUCACUGUGCUGACUGGAAGCCCCUGGUGGCCAAGAUUUCUAGCUAUGUACAGACUGGAAUUUCAACUUGGCCAAAGGUCUAUUUAUAUGAUACCAGCAAUGGGAAGAAACUUGAUAUUGGGCUAGAAUUAGUUCGUAAAGGAUAUGCAGUUGAACUUCCUGAAGACAUGGAAGAAAAUAGAACUGUCCCAGAUAUGUUGAAGGACAUGGCCACAGAAACAGAUGAUUCUCUUGCAAGCAUACUCACUGAGACAAAAAAGAGCCCUGAAGAAAUACCACAUACCCUGUCCUGCCUCAGCUUAUCAGAAGCUGCCUCUAUGUCUGGUGAUGAUAACCUUGAAGAUGACUUAUUCUGAAAUUUGGGCUUCAGCUGCUGGAUCAGCCAUCUGCUUUGCUGUGGUGUGGUGCCAGGAGAGAGGAGUCUAUGAUAAGAGAUCCAUGAAGUUCUUUACUUCACAUGGUAUGACUUGCUGUGGAUCAGAUCCAUUUCCAUUCCGUUGGACUUACCAGAAAGUGACAGACCGAGACAAAUGGAACCAGAUUUCUCCACUUCACUCCUCUGGUUCCUCCCCUAUCUUUCAAUGCUGGAAUGCUGCUGUAUAAUUCCCAGCCUCUUCAUAGCAGGUUCAGUUCCCUGCCAGUGAUAAUUUGCAUUACUGCUAGGCUAUGGUUUUUUUGUGGGGUUUUUUUUGUAUGUUUUGUUUGUUUGUUUUUUGAGGCUGGGAAACAGCCAAGGUUCGGGCAUUGGAAGUGAGGAUUCUGCAGAUUUCUGACUCACCUUAUUAGUGACUAUAGUUAUAGGAAGUAUUGGUGGACUCAGAAGACUGCAGUUGUCAGGAGAUAAGGCAAAAAUCAGCAUAAAUAUAUUUAAAAGCCUCAUGGGAGGGGAAGAGUGCGCUACCUCUCACUCUCAGUUGCUGGGGCUGUUGGAGACAGGCGUGAUGAAGCAGUCCUCCAGCUGUUUCUUUGUGAACUUUAGUUAAAGUACAACUAGAAAACGCAAUCUAGGAAAUGUUGUAAACUGCAAAUAUGUGUCUGUGUAUACACACAACUAGAAAAAGAAUGAAUGUAUAGUUCUGCUUAAAUAAUUUGGGGAAUUGUUUGCUAAAUAAAGUUCUCAAAAAAACUU